AUGGGGUCCUAUGCACCGCUUCCCCCCAUCAAAGCUCCCACUACUCUCUCGUCACUUCAACCUCUGCUAGAUGCUGUGUUGUCCUCACCACCACCAUGUCGUUCUUCAAGCGAACGAAGAGUGGGAUCAGAGAAGGCUCGUGACAACGAUGCCGGCGAAGCAAGUGCCAACAUUGAGCUAGACGAGGAGUCUGAAGACGAUUCCGCCUAUGUAAGCGGCGUGAAGCUUGCCUUCCUGACCCUUGGGCUGUGCCUCGCUACGUUUGUCAUUACGCUCGAUAAUACUAUCAUCGCAACAGCAAGCCCACGGAUCACUACAACAUUUGACUCCCUCAAAGAUGUGGGCUGGUACAGCUCCAGCUACCUUCUGACGACCACCGCUUUGCAGCCCUCCUUUGGCAAGGUGAACGCUUACUUCUCCGUCAAAUGGGUAUGGCUGAGUGCGUUGAUCGUCUUCGAAGUCGGCUCGAUACUCUGCGCCACUGCCAUAAGCUCGAAGAUGUUCAUCGUGGGUCGCGCGGUCGCUGGGGUUGGCGCCGUGGCCAUCUUCAGCGGCGGCAUGACUAUACUGGCCUACGCCAUUUCACUGAAAUCCAGGCCCAUGUAUCUUGGCAUCGUGUCAUCGAUGUUCGGAAUAGCUUCAGUCGUCGGACCCAUUCUUGGAGGCGCAUUCACAGACAGUCAUCUGACCUGGCGUUGGUGUUUCUGGAUAAACGUACCAUUCGGCGGGGCAGCAGCCUUGACGGUCCUCUCCUUCUUCUCCGAGCCACUGCUGCAGUACAAGAGUAUGGCGCUGAAAGACAAGCUAAAGCAGAUCGACUUCGUCGGAGCCGUCCUGCUGAUUGCUGCGAUUGGCGGCGUCCAGUAUCCAUGGCACGACAGCAGAGUCUGGGACUGCCUCCUUGGAUUUGGCCUUCUGAUCACCGUGUUCUGCAUCACCCAAGCUUUCCUUGGGGACCGCGCGACAAUGCCACCUAGAAUUCACCUGCGCCAGCGCACUGUCGGUGCUUGUGCACUAUUCUCCGCAUUUCUGGCGAUGGCUUUGUAUACACACCUAUACUAUCUGCCUUUCUACUUCCAGGCCGUAAAAGGGGUGUCCGCCAAAGUAAGCGGGAUACACAUGAUCCCGUACCUGGUCAGCAUGACGGUAGCAUCCAUCGCCGCAGGCGGCAUCACCACUACGGUGGGAUACUACAAUCCUCCAAUGUGGUUCGGAAUCAGCUUGUUCGCAGUUGGCGCCGGACUGCUUUACACUCUCAAGGUGAGCACGUCAGAAAGCCACUGGAUUGGCUAUGAGAUUGUGGCGGGCUUCGGCAUGGGCUCAUCCGCUAAGAUACCAUUCACUGCCACGAAAGUUGUGCUUUCGAAGCGGGAUAUGCCGAUUGGCAACGCCGUGGUAAGCACAGCUAAGAGUAAAGGCUACCCGCGAGUAACAGAGACAGAGCUGACGCCCGUCCCAACAAUGCACAGGCCAUAUUCUUUAACACGCUUGGCGGCGCUCUCGGUGUCAAUUGCUGAGAAUGUUUUCACCAAUACAUUGGUUAAGCAAGUGGCUCGGGAUGCACCCAGUGUCAACCCUCAGUCUAUCGUCUAUGCCGGCGCCACGCAGCUCCGCUCCAUCAUAUCAGCACAGCAACUACCAGCGGUGUUGGUGGCUUAUGACAAGGCUGUGACAGCGGCGGUUAUUCUGCCGAUUGCAUGCGCUGUGCUUGCAUUCUUGUCAAGCUUGCUUAUGGAGUGGAAGAGCGUCAAAGGGAUGAAGUUAAUGUGA